AUGAGCGGAAUUCCACGAAACCCCGAGCCCUCUGAGGGUCUCGACAGGCAAGGGUCUGUCAAAAGGGCCAGGCAGUUGCUGGCGGCCGGCAUGCGUCCAGAACGAGUUUUGCCACAGCAUCAAUUGAGACAUCCACCACUCCCUAGGAAUGUAUCACACCAAACCCAAUGGCCUUUGCCUGAGUCCGGGCUACCACAGCAUCCCAUCAAUCACCAUCCCAGGUUCCUGGUGCCGCGCGGUCCUCCGCCGCAAAGACCACUUCAUCCAAGCGAAGUCCCUCACUCGCCCUCUAUCUACUCGGAAAGAGAUGGCCAAGACUCAGAAACAAGCUCCCAAUUCGCACGGCCUCCCCGAUCUUUAGCAUCCUUGCAGCCGCCUCCGCCAUUGCAGCUGCGCCGUCCUGCCAUGGCGGAUGCCCCUGUCAGUCCUACGAGCACCGUUGAUAUGACCCCUCGGAUAUCGAUUGCAACAGAUGACCUCUUCAGACAAUCAACGGCUUCUACCAUGGCCUCUGUUCCGGACGUGCCUCCGUUCCCUCCGCCAGUGCCGGACUCGGCACCCUCCUCCCAGUAUGACCCAAGGCAACGAACGGCAGGUCUUGUCGCGCCGUCCAAGGCCGAACACGCUUCCCGGGCUCGACGUUCCUCUAUCUCUCCAAUCCCAGAAAAGCUCGAUUCUCGCUUGACCAAAGGAUCUUUUGCAUCAAGCCGAGCAGUCCCUUCUAGCUGGGGCUCCGGGCCAGCUGAAUCCGAAAUUUUGGGAGCAUAUCUCGAGAUGGGAUCUGAACACGAACAACCCGAACCAAGCCCGCAGGAGGAACCAGCUCUUGUCCGCAGCGCUAGUCUUGGUAAACGAGGGAAGCCGACAAUGCGCACCAUUUCGAAGUCGAACCCAGUAUCAGAAGGCCCUUUGCCAGACACAGCCGGUCCUAGCAGCCGAGAGUCUCCCAAGAAAACAGCAGUUGUUCCUAUCGCGAUGGGCCCUCCUGCAAACCAGAUGCUUCACCCACCCAGCCAACUGCGUAAAGGAUCUACUUCUACGGCCUCCACUGACUCCCUGCAAGGCCUGGACCCCGAAAAGCCACCCUUUGCCCAGGAAGACCGAGAAGACCGACCCUACAGUACAGGCCUUGAAAAGGAAAUCGAGAUAUUUGGUGCUCUGCCAAAAUCUGCCCCAACGAUGAGCGACAAGAGGCCUCUGGGUCGUAAGCCUGCUGCUCUGAACAUGCAUGCGGUGCGGGACGCAGAAGCUCGAGGAAGUCUCUCCAGCUUGAGUGAUUUAAUUCGGCGUGCCACCAAGCUCGCAUCGAACCUUGAUCACGGAAGAACCGCCAGUCGAGCCGAUCUAUUUGGCGGCGGAGAGGCUGAAUUUAAAGCCUCAAAGGGCCACCGUCCUCGUAACUCGGGAUCCAUCUCGGACAUGCUUGCCUCAUUCCCUCCACCAGGCCUGGCAACCCCAGAAAGCCGUGGCUCAUGGCCGGUUUUCUUUGGUCGGUCUAACCUGCGUAAUGUCGAGCCGCUCAAUUCCAGCGACGAUGAUCCAAAUGCGCCCCGUCGCAAGAAAAUGUGCUGCGGAAUGCCCCGCAAGCUUUUCAUAGUGAUAUGCAUUGUGAUCUUCAUCAUUGUUAUUCUUGCUGUCCUUCUGCCCGUUUUCCUCGUGGCCGUUCCGCGCGAGAAGGCAGGCAAUGAAAUCACCUGUGCGAAGAGUAACCCCUGCUCGAAUGGAGGUGUGAGCGUCUCAAGUGGAAGUCAAUGUUCAUGUGUCUGUUCCAACGGCUAUACCGGCUCGCGAUGCACCAUUGCCAAUGACGGUAGCUGCACUACCUAUCUGAUCGAGGAUAGUUCUGGCACCAAGAAUGCAUCCAUGGGCACUUCACUCCCGACUCUAUUCGCGGUCUCCAAGAAGACAUACGACCUCACCCUCGACCCAGUGACUAUCAUGGGACUCUUCAGUAUGAACGACGUCUCCUGCAAGACGGAGAAUGCGCUCGUGGCCUUCAGCGAUGUCAAAACCAACAGUACCAGCAAUACUCGUCGGUCUCUCGAGGCAGACACGCCGCCGUAUGCCAAUACCCCAGAAGUUCCCGCUCCCACCAUCACUACUGGGCCCACCCCCGCCCUGGCGGCUCGUGCAGAGGCCACCAUGAACGGAAUCCUGUACGAUGACUCGGGUGCCCAAACUUUUACAGGCACGGGCACCGCCACUACAACCAAUGAGGCCGUCACAGCCACCCGAAUCGGAGCCAAGCCUACGUCUACUGGCCGUGCCUCGACCACGACGGGGAGCAUCCCUGACGACGUGGUGGAAUUCUCUCGGAUUGCGGUGUUGUACAUUUUGCAGAAGACUGGGUCCAUGGACACGGCAAAGUCGUCGGAGGAGGACAUCGAGUCCUACCUGACUGGAUCGUAUGCGAGCGCGGACUGGCCCACCCAGAAAGUGGGGGCCUUCACGGUGGACUAUGUGAAUCUGACCAUCACGCUUCCUAACAGCACGGUCAAGGCAGGAUGA